AUUUUUGUUUGUUUGUCUAAAAAAACUAAUCUUGGUCGAAAUUGUUUUUUUAUAAUUAAUAAAUUUAAUUUUAUUAAUAAAUAAAUUUUUUAUUAUCAAUUAUGAUAUCAAAGCAGCAAACAUACAGUUUGUUAGUAGUUUUGCUGAUCCAUGUAGUGAUUGGUGUCAUUGCAGACAAUAAGAACAACAAAUGCAGCGAAGAUUGCGAUCUGAAGAAGUGUUUGCCACCAGAAGAUUGUUUGGCAGGUCUUAUAAAAGAUCAAUGCAACUGUUGUCCCAUUUGUGGUCAACGGGAAGGCGAACGAUGUUUCAAUGAGACAUUGAGAUCAAAAUUGGCCCGAAGUUAUGACAUAUAUCCGGAUUGCGGCGAAAAUAUGAUUUGCAAUCUGAGAACAGAUAUGGAGGCCACGGAUCCGCCCGAAGCCGUCUGCUUUUGUCUAAAAGAUGAACCGAUUUGCGGAUCCGAUGGCAAAACUUACGAUAACGACUGUCUGCUGAAUGAAGAGCGCUAUAAGAGACGCGACGGCUUGAUUGCCGCUAGUCGUGGCCCGUGUAGGACAGUGCCAACAAUUGUCUCGCCGCCCGAAGACAUACGCAACAAGAGUGGCAGUUAUGUUGCCUUUUCGUGUGAGGUCAAGGGAUGGCCCGUACCGACCAUUGAAUGGCACGUACAGCGAGACACCGACGCCAAGGCCCUGCCGAGCGAUGAUCCGCACAUUGCUGUCCAGUCGAGAGGCGGUCCCAGCAAUUAUGAGGUAACCGGUUGGCUACAGGUACUGGAUAUUACACACGUAGAUCAGGGAACCUAUUAUUGUGUGGCCAAAAAUUCUGAAGGCGAAACCAAAGCUGGUGCCAAACUGAUGGUCAUCGAUGGUCGACACCGUACCCAUGGAUUUCCUGAUAAAGAAAACGAAAUCUAAAGCCAAAAGUGUUUGAUUUUGUCUCUUAUUUUUAAACAAUUUUUUUUUUAAAUACAAUUUUAUUCACACAUAUGUUAUUCUGAUUAUUGAUUGAUUGUAAAAAUGUUUUUUAUUUCUUAGUUUCUAUGAUAUGAUUAUUUGAUUUCGUACUUACAGUUAAUUUAUUAUAACAUUAGAUAUAAUUAGUUUUAUUUUUAAUCAUAUU